AUGAACCCGUUUGAGAGCAGUGCCUCACUCAGCAUGCAAGGUCAAUUCAACUCCCAAGAUACCCACAAAUACUCUGUUAUCCUUCCGACUUACAAUGAGCGCAAGAAUCUACCCAUAAUAGUCUGGCUGCUCGCUAAGACGUUCAAUGAACACGGGCUGGCCUGGGAGAUCAUCGUUGUCGACGACGCGAGUCCGGACGGUACUCAGGAUAUCGCGAAACAGCUGGCUUCUGUGUACGGCGAAGAUAAGAUUCUUCUCAAACCCCGAGCUGGAAAACUCGGACUUGGAACCGCAUACGUUCACGGCCUGAAUUUCUGCUCUGGAGACUUUGUGAUUAUCAUGGACGCGGACUUUUCUCACCACCCGAAAUUCAUACCUCAAUUCAUUGCCCUACAAAAAGCCUACAAUCUGGACAUCGUGACCGGAACGCGAUACAGGUCGACCUCAACACCUCAUUUGGCUGAAGCCACACCCGGAGGCGUGCACGGCUGGGAUCUGAAGCGGAAGCUCGUGUCCCGAGGUGCUAACUACCUGGCCGACACGGUGCUCAGCCCGGGGGUCAGCGAUCUGACUGGUAGCUUCAGAUUAUACCGUCUGCCUGUGCUCCGCCACAUCAUCUCGGUGACACAGUCGAAGGGAUACGUGUUCCAGAUGGAAAUGAUGGUCCGCGCACGAGCAUUAGGGUAUUCUGUAGGUGAGGUGCCGAUUACAUUCGUAGAUCGGAUAUUCGGCGAAAGUAAGUUGGGGGCAAACGAGAUAGUACAGUAUGCUAAGGGUGUAUGGACUCUCUUCACUGGUGUUUGA